ACCCCACAGGGUUUCCAAGGCUGUAAAUCUCUACGGAAGCAGACUGCCACAUCUUUCUCCCCUGGAGCCACUGGUGGUUUCGAACUGCCGACCUUUUCAUCAUCAAUCGCUUUCACCAGUACACCACCAGGGGUCAUAAAAUACUUGUUCUUUUGUGUCUGCCAUGUUUCACUCAGCAUAAUGUUUUCAAGGUUUAUUUCUGUCAGCAUGUAUUAGAACUUCAGUCCUGUUUAUGGCUGAAUCCCACUUUUUGUUAUGGGCAAUGAAGUACAUAAAGCAGUCUGCAGUGGUGGAAAACUGUUCUGUGAGGAGGCCAGACCUCACUUCUGUUCCCAGACAGACUGAGCGACCAGUAAAAAUUCUGUUCCUUCAAUCAUAACGUGAAGCAUUCAGAUGUGAUACUUUCAGGGGCCUGUCUAAGACUGAAAUUCUAUGUGCUGUCAUUCCAUUUCAAAUGACAACUGGGUACUAAGCCCAUGACCCAGGCUGCAUCGAAAAGAAUGCUGGACCAGUAAGGGGCCUGCUGAGGCCCAGGUCCUGAACCUGUGUGGCUGGAGGCUAAGAAAAUUGCGCUGAGGACGUUCACCUGAGCGACUCCUGCACUGGGCCCUUGCCUUUUAGGAACUGGUUAAGCCAAAAUCCUUCAACCUGUGAGGGAAAAGCUUAGGCUUAUUCUGACAUGCUGAUGUGUUUUUGUUUGGCAACUUGGAAUUCUUCAGCAAGAGGGUAUACGCUCAUUUAUAACAAGGUCUCUUGAUUUCUGGCCACACUAUAUGUUUCAAAAUAUUAAAUAAAAUCUUAGUGAGUAAAAUCUUUAGGAAGACUGGAUCCAGCGUUUGAGUAUUGGUUUCCCGGCUAUUUCUGAACAUUGUUUUUUCUCUUUAAGGACUUCUGCUCCUAUAUCAACUAAUUUGAAUCCACUAUGAGACUUUGUGUAUAGUGGUUAAGAGCUCAGCUGCUAAUCAAAAGAUUGGCAGUUUAAAUCCACCAGCUGCUCCUUAGACACCCUAUGGGGCAGUUCUACUCUGUCUUACAGGGUCACUAUGCAUCAAAAUCGACUUGACAGCAGUGGGUUUUUUUGGUAUAACACUUCACAUCUACCCCCUUGAAAACAGCCACCGAACCAUCCCCUCAAAGCUGAAUCUUCUUCCUCUUCUCAAGUCACCACCUUCUCUAGGAAGGUGAGCUAUUUCAUCCUGCAAAGGUUGUUCACUUUUAGUUAAUUCAACAGUAAAUUCAAUAGUAAAUAUUCCUCGGGGACCAACCAUACCUGGGCCCAGGCUUUAGGGACAUGAAAGAUAGGAUGUGCUCACAGUCUAGUGAAGCUGAAGGAGCAGAUGUGUAAAAAAAAAAAACCCACCUGGAAACAGAAGGCUGAUGAUGGCACACUGGAGUGUAGCUGAGGAGUGUAAGGAACACUUCCCCAAGUACAAGGGAAGGAUGCUGUCCUGGACAAAGGGCUGUGAAUGUGUCCGGAGUGAUGGGCACAGGGAGAGGGGCAGAAGUGUGGAAAUGGGACCAAGACUCUUCCCAGCAAGCAAUAGAAUGAAAAAAAAUACCCUUUUAGGUAUUUUGACCCUGUAGGCCCUCCAGAAAUAAGCUUUCAGAGGAGAUCAGAGUAUCUUGAUGCCAAGAAAAGAGCCACCUCUGAGUCUUUUAAGGCUUUAAUUGUCAACCAUCCAGGGGUAUUCAGUGAGGGUGAUGACUAGACAGCUCACCAUAGCACUUAUUUUUGGACUCUCACAGUACCACAGAAAUUCUAGACAAUAUUGCAACAUCACUGAGAUAUUAGCACCACUCUACUUUGAUAAUUUAUAGAAAUAAUUUUCAGAAUUGAUAGCUCAUCAGCGUGCUUCAGAAUGUAAUGUACCUAUUCUGGUGGUUAAGUGCAUGGGCUAGAAAGCCAAGUUGCCUGGGUUUGAAUUCCAGCUCUGCCUAUUAUGAGCUGUGUGUCUUUGAGUAUAUAGCUUAACCUCUCUGUGAGUCCGUUUCUUCCUCUGUGAAAUGUAGGAAAUAGUAAUAACACCGAACUCUCUGUUGUUGUGAGGAUUAAAUCAGUUAAUAGUUAUCAGUUAAUACAUGUAAAGCUACAGGUGGCUGGGACAGAAAAUGUGCUAAAUCAUUUUAAGUACCAUAAUUAUAAUAUUUAUAGUAAUUGUUUUAUUGUAACAAUGCUGUUUCAGCCUGGGUUCCAUAUUACUUACGUGUUUUGGUACUUUUUGAUAGAAAAGUCCUUAUCAAGAACAGUAACGCUGAGCGUACUGAAUUAGCAUGCACUCUGAAUACACUAAAACCAAAACUCCAAAGCGUUAGUUGGCAUAAGAGCGACACCAGAUUUAGAAAACGAGUUAGAGAAGAUAAAAUAGAAAGUGGCACUUUUAUAGAAGACGCAUCUGCAGUGGAGUAUCUGAUUCACUUCGCUACUUCUGUUCAGUUUAGUUUAUCGCAGUCAGAGAAACUGUCCAUAUUUUAAAUGGUUCCUUGGUAUCUUAACAUUAUAAACAUUUGCAAACAAACCAGUGCACUCACACAUGAGUGGAACAGGAACACUGCUAAGUGAGGCUCUUUGUCAGAUCUGGGGGUUGUUAGGGGUCACAGGUAGAGUGACUCAGGGCCAGACUCUCUGUGGGUGAAGGAGGAGUCCAUCUGAGCCGACGGGAAGGCGACCUCGGUUUGACGGUGAGAACAUGUAUAUGAGCAUGACAGAGCCGAGCCAGGACUAUGUGCCAGCCAGCCAGUCCUACCCUGGUCCAAGCCUGGAGAGCGAAGACUUCAACAUCCCACCCAUCACUCCUCCUUCGCUCCCUGACCACUCGCUGGUGCACCUGAAUGAAGUCGAGUCCAGCUACCACUCUCUGUGCCACCAAAUGAACCACAAUGGCCUGCUGCCAUUUCACCCGCAAAACAUGGACCUACCUGAAAUCACCGUCUCUAACAUGCUGGGACAGGAGGGCACGCUGCUGUCCAACUCCAUCUCUGUGAUGCAAGAUAUUCGGAACCCCGAAGGAACCCAGUAUAGCACCCACCCUCAGAUGGCAGCCAUGAGAUCUAGGGUGCAGCCUGCCGAUGUCAGGCAGCAGCCUGGGAUGAUGCCACAUGGCCAGCUGACCACCAUCAACCAGUCUCAGCUCAGCGCCCAACUUGGCUUGAAUAUGGGAGGGAGCAGUGUUCCCCACAAUUCACCUUCUCCACCUGGAAGCAAGUCGGCAACCCCUUCUCCCUCCAGCUCGGUGCAUGAAGACGAAGGGGAUGACACUUCUAAGAUUAAUGGUGGAGAGAAGCGGCCUGCCUCUGACAUGGGGAAGAAACCAAAAACUCCCAAGAAGAAGAAGAAGAAGGACCCAAAUGAGCCCCAGAAGCCGGUGUCUGCCUAUGCGCUGUUCUUUCGUGAUACCCAAGCUGCCAUCAAGGGCCAAAAUCCAAAUGCUACCUUUGGCGAAGUGUCUAAAAUUGUGGCUUCCAUGUGGGAUGGCUUAGGGGAAGAACAGAAACAGGUCUAUAAAAAGAAAACCGAGGCUGCAAAGAAGGAGUACCUAAAGCAACUAGCAGCCUAUAGAGCCAGCCUGGUCUCCAAGAGCUACAGUGAACCUGUCGACGUGAAGGCAUCUCAACCUCCCCAGCUGAUCAACUCAAAGCCGUCCGUGUUCCACGGGCCCAGCCAGGCCCACUCAGCGCUGUACCUAAGUUCCCACUACCACCAACAACCAGGAAUGAAUCCGCACCUAACUGCCAUGCAUCCGAGUCUCCCUAGGAACAUAGCACCCAAGCCGAAUAACCAAAUGCCAGUGACUGUGUCCAUAGCGAACAUGGCCGUGUCCCCACCUCCGCCCCUCCAGAUCAGCCCGCCUCUCCACCAGCAUCUCAGUAUGCCGCCACAGCAGCCGCUCAGCAUGCAGCAGCCUCUCGGGGGCCAGCUGCCCAUGCAGGCCCAGUCGGCCUUACAUUCUCCCACCAUGCAGCAAGGAUUUACUCUUCAACCCGACUAUCAGACUAUUAUCAAUCCUACAUCUACAGCUGCGCAAGUUGUCACCCAAGCAAUGGAGUAUGUGCGUUCGGGGUGCAGAAAUCCUCCCGCCCAGCCUGUGGACUGGAGUAACGACUACUGCAGUAGUGGGGCCAUGCAGAGGGACAAAGCACUGUACCUUACCUGAAAAUCCCAACACCGCUUCUUUCCGCUGAGGAGUUCAGGGAAGUCUUUUCACCAUGGAUUGCUUCGUUCAGCCUAGGCGGUUCUUCAUUUUAUUAGAAAAUACAAGUUGCUAAGCACUUAGGACCAUUUGAGCUUGUGGGUCACCCACUCUGGAAGAAAUAGUCAUGCUUCUUUAUUAUUUUUUUAAUCCUUUAUGGACAUUGUUUUUUCUUCUUCCCUGAAGGAAAUUUGGACCAUUUCGAUCUUAUGUUGGUUUUUUGCUGUGAAGUGCUGCUCUCUAGUAACUGCCUUAGCAGCUGUAGAUGUCUCGGAUAAAAAGUCCUGGAUUUUCCAUUGGUUUUCAUAAUGGGUGUUUAUAUGAAACUACUAAAGACUUUUUAAAUGGCUUGAUGUAGCAGUCAUAGCAAGUUUGUAAAUAGCAUCUAUGUUACACUCUCCUAGAGUAUAAAAUGUGAAUGUUUUUGUAGCUAAAUUGUAAUUUGAAACUGGCUCAUUCCAGUUUAUUGAUUUCACAAUAGGGGUUAAAUUGGCAAACAUUCAUAUUUUUACUUCAUUUUUAAAACAACUAAUAGUUUCUAUAUUUUCAAAAUAUUUGAAGAAAAAAAAAAGUAUUCCCAAAUGAUUUUAAUUUAACAACAAAUUGGCCUUGUCCCGUGGAUCAGACACAAAGAAGCUAGUGUUAAGGGAAGCGCAAACACAUUUAUUUUGUACUGCAGAAAAAUUGCUUUUUUGUAUCACUUUUUGUGUAAUGGUUAGAAAGCGUCAUUUAAGUCCUUUUAUGUAAAAAACUGCCAAAUGCUUACCUGAUGUUUUAUUAGAUGCAGAAGCAGAUUGGAAACAUCUAAAUUAUAAUCUUUACGUAUGGCUCUGUAUUAUUGUUUCUUCAUACUGUGUCUGUAUUUAAUCUUUUUUUUAUGGAACCUGUUGCGCCUAUUUAUGAAAUAAUAAAUAUAGGUGUUUGUAAGUAAAUUUGUUAGUAUUCGAAAGAGGUUUCUUUGAUGUUUUAACUUUUGCUGGCGGAAAAAAAAAUUCACGCUUGGUGUGAAUACUUUAUUAUUUUAGUUUUUACAGUGACAUGAAUAAAGCCAAACCUGCUUUUCACUUAGCAGCAAAUUAAAGCAACCAAUCCUUAUUUCUGCACUUCUUUGGUGGAUGCAAAGGACUUCUUUCUUUGUACAAUGUAACUAAGAAUUGCCCUCAAGUCAACAACAAGAAGCUACAAGGUUAAACAAGCAUGAUGGGUCCUUUAUCCCAGAAGGGUUGCUUUUUGGUUCUCAGCUGGUUUAAGUCAGUUCUAUAAACUUCUCCCCAAAAUAUCAAGGUCAAAUCAACCAAAAUUCCUCCAGUUGCAUGCUUUUCACCAAACCUAGAGAACACUUAAGAACUGAACAGGGGCAGAAGGAAGUGAGAGGGAAGCAUACUGUCAAGAACACAAACAAAAAUGAAAGAGGAGUGACCAGACAGCCAAAAGAAAAGGAAAAGCCUCCCAAAUUUGAAAACAGUUGAUAGGAAUUGAGGUCCUGGCUGUCUUUUGUGCUUCCAGAAGCUAUUUCUCUUUUCAGAAUUCCUGGGUCUUCCAAGAGAAUUCUGAGGGUACAAGAAAUCUGUGAGGGAACCAAAAGCAUGGAGAAUCUGGCUGAAGGUUUACAUGGUUUUUAAAUCCAAAGAGCCAGCAAACUCUUCCCUUACAGGGGAUCAUAUAGAGAAAGCUAGUCUGAUUGGCAAUCACGAGGAUGGCUGACAGGAUGGCUGACAUCUCUUUCAUGGAACGUGUGAAGUAAACUUAGCAAUGUAACUACAUACAAAUAGACACAUUGCAUAACCCAGUCAGAAUUAAAAAGACAAAAGGUAUGCUUGCUUUGGAAUGAUUUUAGGCACUGCACCACCUUGAAUCACUUGAGCAUGUAAUAGCUAAUAAAAUAUGCAGAUCCAGUGUGAUUAUUAAAAUGACUGUGGCUGAGAGCUCUAAUUUUCCUGUCUUGCAGCUGUUUUAAGUUCACAGUUUAUUGUUUGUCUGUUUAGUAUUUUAGAAAUAUACCAGCACUACUAAUUACCCAAUGUCUUUUAUUUAUUAUAUUAUGAUACAGUAAAAUCCUCACUUGCAUUGAGUCUGAAAUGAGAAGGUAAUUACCAGGAUGCGAACAGCCGGCUUUGACUUUGACAGGCAGUUUGUACGGGAAAGUGCUGUGUUGCAUACAGCUUUUCCAGAGCAGGUGUACAACCAGGGUAGAGAGCGUGUUACAAUUCAAUACCAAAUACAGUAAAUACAUAUAUGUAAAUAAAAGAAAAUACAUCAUAAAUAAAAAAUACCAUGCCUGAGUGAGUGACCGUAUUCUAUGUGGUUAUCCAUCAGUCUUUAGAGGACAAAAACAGAUGAGAAAUCCCAAAUAAGUCUCAUGGCAGAAGGGAUGGAACACAGUGGGAAUUACUGGCUGCCAAGACCUCAGACACCCUUUCCUAAAACACUGAGGAUGCUCUCUCAUCAGUCUGGGGUGGUGGUAAGGUGAGGUAUUGCCUGAGAGAGCGGCCAUCUUUAGAUGGGAGUCUCUGGGUGGUGCAGAUAGUUAACAUACUCAGCUGCUAGCCAAAAGAUUAGAGGCUCGAGUUCACCCAGAGGGGCCUAGGAAGAAAAUCCUGGUGAAUUACUUCUAAAAAAUCAGCCAUUGAAAACUCUGUGGAGCACAGUUCUGCUCUGAUGUGUGUUUUUGUUCUCACCUUUACAGGCAGCCAGGGUCUCACCGUGCACCUGGCAAGACCGUAGCAUAUAACUUGGAGAAACAACAGUGGUUCACACCAAGUUCCCUGCAGAAGCACUAUGUGAGAUUCCUAGACCUUGAAUAUAGUCAUUCCAGGAGAUUCGGCAAUAAUAUUGAACACAAAAUAUAUCCUAAACCCACUGAAAUCAAAAUAACUAGAAAACAAAAGAAUGUGUGACAGUGGGUAAGAGAGAGCUGAGUUGUAUCUCUAAGAAGGAAUAAUCCAAAAGCCCAGUGCCCAUCCAAAUGUGAGUGAGUUGACAAUGGAAAAUUAGUCAAACAAUGACUUCCGAUUAAUCAAGUGAAGAUAGCUAAGGAUGAAAGUUGGUCUCUGUGGUUAUUUUCAUCUUGCUGCCUCUGUGGAAAAGAGCCCAUUCUGACUGGGACAUGACCAUCUGUAGAAAGCUGUGACUGGCAGAGCAGACUCUCCUGGCUUGUUUUCAUCAUGUAAAAAAUAAAUAAAUAAAUGCAAAAUUUUAAAUUAGCGCCACAGCCGAUCUCUUUUUUCCAUGGGCCUCUUGCCCUUUGCAAAAGACUUGCCCCACCCUUUUGAGUGUAAUUGCCUUGAACCACUUGAAAUUGAUAAUAUUUGACCUCUUUACCUACAAAGAUGGCAAUUUCAUAUGGUUCCACCCAGCAUUGUGGGAUGAAAGGCAAUGGGGAUUUGGCUACAAGUUCAGAUAUAAUUUCAAAUGGAAUUCAGGUGUACUUUACAAAUUUCUAGGAGAAAAUAUUUGAAGAAGUGAACAGUUAUAUUUGUUUAAAAGGAGCCCCAUUUAGAAUUAGCCCUAGGCAACUCUGUUAUACUAAACAAAGGCUAUUUUAAAUGACUGGAUUCCAGCAAAUCUCAAUAAAUAUCCUUAUUUCUUUGUUAACAGUAAAAUUUUUCAAUGUGCAAAUUUGUAAUAAAUAGGUUAUCUGGUGGGGCGUGAAAAUCUCUACAUAGAUACUCUCUUAAUAUUUAUUUGUUGAAAGUGGAUUUGAACUGCAUUUUCUCAUUCCACUCAUAGCUCUCAUUUUAAGGUGAGGAUGAAAACACAGAUGAAUUUCUUUUGCUGGUGAUUAAACAUUGAAAUGGGGCAAGGCCAGGUACAGAAUUCACAUAAUGAGUUUAACCCCAAAAUAUUGAUUACACUGAUCUAAGCCAUCAUUUAAUGAGUGAAUUUGUGCAAGUCACCAAACAGUACCUUAUCUCUCUUUGCCUCCCUAAAACGUCUUAUCUCCAAAACAACUUGGAAUAUCAUAACCCAAACCAAAACCUGUUGCCUCCAAGUCGAUUCCGACUCAUAGCGACCCUAUAGGACAGAGUAGAACUGCCCCAUAUGGUUUCCAAGGAGCACCUGGUGGAUUUGAACUGCCAACCUUUUGGUUAGCAGCAGUAGCACUUAACCACUAUGCUACCAGGGUUUCCUGGAAUAUCAUACUACACAAUAAAUGCUCAGUAAAUGCAAUGGUAUAUAGAAAGAUCAACAAGACAUCACAAAUUAUCCUCAAAAGGAAAUGUAUGGUGUUCCCUUGAAGAUGUAACAACUCUAAACACAGAAGGGAAUUAGGAAAACAACAAAUGUUGGUGAGGAUGUGGAGAGACCCGAACACUCAACCAUUGCUGGUGGGAAUGAAAAACAGUACAGCCACUGUGGAAAAAAGAUUAGUGAGUCCUUAAAAAGUUAAAUAUACAACUACUAUUAAAAUAAAAAAAAAAAGUUGCUGUUGAGUCAAUUCUGACUCAUAGCAACCCUAUAGGACAGAGUAGAACUGCCCCAUAAGGUUUCCAAGGAGCACCUGGUGGAUUCGAACUGCCAGCCUCUCGGUUAGCAGCCAUAGCUCUUAACCACUACGCCACCAGAGUUUCCUAGAACUACUCUAUGACCCUGCAAUUUCAUUCCCAAGAGAGUUUGGGAAACAUUGAGUAUCUGCUAAUGGUGAUGGAAAAUUUGACAACAGACAUGAGUGAUGGUUGCACACCUUGAUUAAUGUAACCAGCGUCACUGAAUUGUACAUGUAAAAAAUGUUACAUUGGCGAGUGUUGGGUUAUAUGUACUUUUACCACAAUAAGAAAAUAUAGAAGGGUGUUAAAUAUUGCUAGUAAGAAUUAGGGGAUGAAGAGUGGAAAUUUUCCAUUAAGAAGCCUAAGAUUACAAUAAGAUCGAAAGAAAGAAUUUCAAAAUGAGUUAUGCCAUAUUUCUUCAGUCUACAUAAUUGAACAAUAGUUUUUCUAGUUUUGACAAAAGUGAAAGAUAUUAUACACACUAGCCACAUCAAGAAAAUAAGAAGC